AUUUAAGCCCCCAAGUAACUCCCACAUCUCCUCACCACACUUGCAUCUUUCCUACUUCUCCAUACAUCAAUCAACGAGUAGUAGUAGUACAACUAAUCCAAUCCAGUGGCAAUGGCUAUUAGUACGUCUUCCUUGAAGACCGUUCUCACAUUAUCCCUCCUCCUCUGUGUUGGGAGCUGCUCCGCUCAACUCUCUACCAACUUCUACUCCAAAACCUGUCCCAAUGUCUUCACUACCGUGAAAUCCGCCGUUCGGUCGGCAAUAUCAAAGGAAAGCCGAAUGGGAGCCUCCCUCCUCCGUCUCUUCUUCCACGACUGUUUUGUCAACGGAUGUGAUGGUUCAAUACUUCUUGACGACACAUCUAGUUUCACGGGAGAGAAGAAUGCAAAUCCCAACCGGAAUUCCGCCAGGGGGUUCGACGUCGUCGAUGAUAUCAAAUCCAAGGUGGAGAAGGUGUGCCCCGGUGUCGUUUCAUGUGCCGAUAUCUUGGCAAUCGCUGCUCGAGACUCCGUCGUUAUUCUUGGAGGAACUAGCUGGAACGUUAAGCUUGGACGAAGAGAUUCCAAGACAGCCAGCCAGUCUGCUGCAAAUAACAACAUACCCCCUCCAACUUCUAACCUCAACAACCUAAUCUCUAGUUUCCAGUCUAAAGGUCUCUCAACCAAGGACAUGGUUGCGUUGUCUGGUGGACACACAAUUGGACAAGCAAGGUGCACCAAUUUCAGGGCUCGCAUAUACAACGAGAGUAACAUCGAGAGUUCAUUUGCCAAGACAAGGCAGGGGAGGUGCCCAAGCAGUUCGGGCUCAGGAGACAAUAACUUGGCGCCUCUGGAUCUUCAAACUCCAACAGCUUUCGACAAUAACUACUUCAAGAAUCUAAUCAACCAGAAGGGGCUUCUCCACUCCGAUCAACAGUUGUUCAAUGGUGGUUCCACGGAUUCCCAAGUGAGAACAUAUAGCAACAACCCAAGCACCUUUAACUCCGACUUUGCUGCCGCCAUGAUCAAGAUGGGAGACAUCAGUCCUCUUACCGGCUCAAAUGGAGAGAUCCGGAAGAACUGUAGAAGGGUGAAUUAAGAGUGGAAUCUAUAUUUAUAUAGCUUCUCUGAUCAAGUGAUCAUACAUGCAUCCAUUUAAUUUUUUGUAUUUUGUUCUUUGCUGUCGUUCUCCCCCCACCCCCACCACUUUUUUUUUUUUGGUUUUUUUUAGUUCGUUCCAAGUAUUCCUAACAAAGUUCUGCCCCGAAGCAUAAUGUGUUUGAAAUUUGAUGCAGUAAU